AUGCUUGAUUAUACACAAGAAGCAUGCUGGUCACCGACAUUAACACCAUCAUCAAGAAUACAUUUAUCUAUCAGUGGUCAAUUACAAUCUUAUUGUGAUUUAAUAUAUCAUCAUGAAUUAUAUGUUGAACAUUUUACAUCAAUAACAACACAUUAUCAAUUAUUAUUAUUAUUUUUUAUUUUAUCUUAUACAUCAUACAUCAGUUGCAAUUGUGAAACAGAUCAAAUAAUAUCAUGUUGUACAUUAUCGAAAAUACUAUUAUCAAUAUUUGAAUAUCUUUAUCAACAACAUGGUUUAACUAUAUCAAAUAUAUUAUAA